AUGCGUAUUAUAUCGUUAGCAGUUCUCCUUUGCGCCUUCGCGGCCAGUACUUUUGCAGCCCAGUACUACAUCACAACCCCUGCAGGGCUCUAUCUUAACAACUAUGGAGGCGGUGUCGUUGGGAGAGAAGAACGUCAAAAUUGGACUGUCAGCCAGGUUUCCCCGGAUUAUGGGAAAAAUUGGCACGUUAUCCAUCAGGGCAGCUGGUAUCUCAAUGUCAUCGCGUAUAGAGAGGGCUUUUAUGCGGAUUACAGCCAGAUUCCAACGAUAUAUCGGUUAGAAGAAGAGGGAGAAUAUCAUUAUAUCGUUACCAUAGGCAAUUCUGCGGCCGACGGCAACUUCACAUGGACCACCCAAGAUUAUUCGCCUACUUUUACACAGCUGCGACUUCGACCAUACACCCGUGCGCCGAAUCAACGUUUCCGUUUCACAAAAAUUGCUGACUGA